UCUUAUUACAGCUUUUCGGAUGAAUUACGCAGUUUCUUUUGGACAACAAACAAGGGAUUAAAGGUCUUAAAAAAUAUCAGUUAUAGCCGGAUAAUAUUGUUGUCUAAACAUAUUUUUGAAUUGUUCGCGAAUUUCUGAGAAAUAAAUACAACACCAUGAAAACAGCAAACGUUAACAAUCUAACGGAGGGGGGCUCCUCCUCCUCUUCUCUGGGAUCAUCUACUGACAAUAACUCUUGAAUAUGUUUUACAAAUAUUUCAGUUAAACAGCGACUCGGACUCAGAAGUGGCAUGUGCACCAAACGAUCGAAAUAGAAAGAUGCAAAACUCAAUAAUAUCUUACGAGCAGAGCAAAGUCGUAGAUUUAGAGGAAAGGCUGGCCAAUUCUGACAAUGAAAAGAUUAGACUUUAUGAAGCAUUGAUUAAAGAAAAGGAUGAAGUAAUAAAAUCUCUACACUUUUCGGUUGACUUAAUCACCGAAACGAAGGACUUUAGCAUUAAACAAAUGAAUAGUCAAAUUAACGAUUUGCAGAAUGCGCUUGCUUUCAAAAACACUUUUAAUUUACACUGCGCCCAAGGAGUUGGAACAAACAUUGAUCUGAAAGAUAAUAUUAUUGGAAAAACCAAUGUUAAUCAACUGCAGGACAUGCAAAAAGAAACAGAAUUACUUGAGACAACUAAUAAAGAAGAUAAGGUACUGAUUUCCGAGUUGAAAUCAAAAAUUAUUGAAAAUGAUACUGAAAAAGCGAACCUUAAGGUCAAAAUCGCUGAGCUUGAAUUCAAAAUUAAGGAAAACGAUACAAAGAUGAAGGAAUUGGAAGCAAAAUUCGAGAAGAAUGAUGAAUGUCUGAAAGCUAAGAUAACAGAACUAGAAAUUAAAGUUAAAACCAACUCUGCUGAGCUAACAAAAAAAGAUAAUCAACUUUCUAAAAUUACUUCAAGCGCUCAUUUAAACUUAACUUUACCGCUAAACUUUACCAAAAACUCAAAAAUAAAAGUUGCCCAUCCAAUUGGUAUUGACCCCUUUAUGGGAGUUUUCGAAAAUAUUCCAUCUGCUGGUUCUAAUUGGAUGGUAAUUCAGCGCCGUAUCGAUGGAAAUCUACUCUUUAAUCGCUUUGAUCAGUCAGAAUAUGACAAUGGCUUUGGUGACUUAAAAAAAGAGUUCUGGGUUGGUUUUGAAGUACUACACCAGUUAACAAACAUGGGAAGGUUUGAGCUAUAUAUACAAGUUGUAGACUUUGAUGAUGUUACUGCAUAUGCCCGAUAUGAUCACUUUGUAGUCGGAAGCAAAGCUGAGGGCUACAUCAUAAGAUCCCUUGGUGCCUAUUCGGGAAACGCUGGCGAUGCUUUGAAAAGUCUUAAGAACAAAAAAGUGGGCUAUUGGAGGUGUCAAAACCAUACAAGUUUUCAGUGGUGGUAUUCAGACCAGAUGAAAUGCAACUUAAAUGGCUCCUACGAUUCUUUAGAACCAAGAACGGUAGCAAAACCUGGAAAAUUUUGGUGGGGAAAUUGGAAGAUGGCCAAAUCAGAAAAGUAUCUUAAAUCCUGCAAAAUGCUGAUAAGGCAAGUUUGAGACAGAAACCACCGAAUAAUUAAUAUAAGAUUGUUAUGGAUUUAAUUCGCCUCUAUUGGAGAUAUUGAAACCCUUUAAAUAAAUAAGUUGGUCGAUUAGCCCAAAAAUCAGGAAAUGCUUCAUGUAAA